AUGAACGUGUUACUGUUUAUCAUUGCUGACAAACUGCAAAGGCUAAUCCCACUUUUCUCCCAUGUCUUCCAGCUGGACUAUCCACACCAGACGGAAAAAAAGGAAGGGUUGAGCACAAUGGCCAGCUUCAGCCCAACAUCCCUGUCCCCUUUGAAUGCUGGAGAGAAAUAUUAUGUAGUGUUCAACGCAAGCGCUUACCCCAACAGUAGCCACAGUAAUGAUGAUCCAGAAUUUGUAUACAGGACGGUAACAAUGUAUAUAGUGUGUGUAUCAAUAAUUAUAGUUUGCAUUUUGGGAUGCUUGGGGAAUGGAAUUGUCACCUGGCUGCUUGGACUCCGUAUUAAGAGGACCCCCUUCACCACAUACAUCCUGAACCUCGCCGUUGCAGACUUUGGUUUACUUGCCGUGGACCUUUUUCUAGAAAUACGCUGGCUUCAGAAUCGCAAACAGGAUGAGGGUGUGGUGUUUGAAUUCUUUGAAGAUAUUUUCCAAUUCAUGUACAACACGGGUCAGUUUCUGCUGACGGCCAUCAGCAUCGACAGGUGUGUGUCUAUACUCUUCCAAGUUUGGUAUGGAUGCCACCGACCGCCAUAUUUGUCCACUGUUGUGUGUGCCUUAAUAUGGGUGCUUUCUUUCCUUCUCCCUGGAACACAUUUCAUUCUCUACCUGACUGUUAAGAAGUAUCACGAUCACAUAAGACUCUACCAGUACAUUGUGAAUGGCUUCCUUUGUCUCCCACUAAUAACUAUCUCCACUUUGAUCCUGUUCAUCAAGGUCUGCUUUAAAACACAACAGCAGAAGCGGGGAAAGCUCAUCAUAGUCAUCCUCCUUACUCUUUUCUUCUUCAUCGUUCUUUCUUUUCCACUGAAUGCCUUUUACAUUGGCCAUUAUGUUUUCCAUAUUCCAACUUUGCAUCGCUUGCAGUAUGGUUACUUGUGCUGCACUCUGAACAGCAGUGCUAACCCUUUGAUCUAUUUUGUGUUUGGGAGACGAAAGAGAGGCGGACGUGUAAAGGGCAUGAAAGCCAUACUCCAAAAUAUUUUCAAGGAAGAAGAAAACCAUACAGAGGAAGUGGAAACCUGUGUUUUAAGUCCCUUGUGAUGGCUUUGAAAGAGUACAACUUAUAGCUAUACCAUAAGUUGUUCUAGCUCCUACUAAGUAAACAAGUGUAUAUUUGUAUUCCACUGCUGAGAUUAAGUUUUGAUGGCUCCCAAAGAUUUAUAAUCCUAGUUUCUUUGAAGCACACCUGUGUAAUUUUGGUUUCCAUUAGCAGUACUUUUUUUGACCUGUAUUCAGUGUGGGCUAUUGAUUCCAGGAGCUGUUUAGAAUUUCAGCAGGUGGGUGAACUAGAUGAACUCCAAAGCUCUUAAGUAUUGUAGAGUUAUGAAGCAAAGCAUGCUAUACCAUCAAUCCAUGUCUCUGUUUUACAACUAGUUACCAGAAUCAUGAAUGCACAAAACCCCCUCAUCUAUAUUUUAUAUAAUCUUGUAUGUAUAAUCACCCCUUGUAUUGCUUUGUAAGCCACUGUUUCUAAUACAAGCUUGCAUCUAGCUGUAA